UCUGCACUAGUUUCCAUGUUUCAAUUGCGCUGGAUAGUGUGUUACCGUAUGUGAAAUUGAUAGCACCAUUAACAGAAGGAAUUGCUUUUUCGUGACAAAUUGAUUAAGACGAAUAUUAAGAUGGCUUUCGUUAUAAGAUCCCUAUAUAAUUACUACCAAGAAGCUUUUUAUGAUGCGCAAGAUCCUCGAACUAUCGGAUUUCUACUGAUGGAUCCACCGUGGUUAUCGUUUGCUAUUUGUGCAGUAUAUCUGUACUUUGUGUUGAAUUUAGGGCCUAAGCUGAUGGCUAAUCGCAAACCGUUGGAUCUUCGAAAACCCCUAAUGGUGUAUAACAUCCUGCAAGUUAUUGCAAAUAUCUAUUUGGCGUACUUUGGUACCAAGGUAAUGAUAGAGAUAAACUUAACUUUUGAUUGUCGACCCGUUGAUCGAUCUACCAGUCAAGUCGCACUGAGGGAAGUUCAAUUGGUUCAUCGGUAUUACCUACUGAAACUGGCCGAUCUUGUGGACACGGUAUUCUUCAUUCUCCGUAAGAAGCACAACCAGGUAUCAUUUUUGCACGUGUACCACCACGCCAUGAUGGUAAUGGCUCCGUUUUUCUAUGCUCGAAACUAUCCUGGAGGACAUGGUUCGCUUCUAGGGCUUGCUAACACCUACGUUCAUGCGGUCAUGUAUUUCUACUUCUUCCUGUCGGUGUGGCGUCCGAACUGGACCAAAGAUCUACGCUGGAAGAAAUGUGUUACCAUCUUCCAGAUGAUACAGUUUGUGGCGAUGGCGUUUUGGUUUGGCCGACCCGCUUUGCUUGAGUAUGAUUGCGGUAUACCACGAUAUUGGUUCUGGGCCGGUACCAUUCAGAGUAUUUUCAUGUUUGCAAUGUUUGCUGAUUUCUACAUCAAGGCUUAUGGAGUUAAGAAGGUCAAUAAAAAAGAGUGAUCGGGAAAGCUAAUGCUAGCUGUGCAGCAUUCAA